AUGGCCACAAACUCUACAGGAUCUGACACAGUGGGGUUCUACAUCUGUGAUGCCAUAUUUGGAUGUAGGAUGCUUGUGGACACAGGGGCGCUGCAUAUGGCAUUCCCGUCAUCGGAAGAGGACCGCAACCGCACAUCCAACACCACAGCCACACUGGUGGCUGCAAACGGGAGUCCCAUCUGCUGCUACAGGACCCGGACCCUCAAGAUAUCCACCCUGGGCCGUACCUAUGACUGGCCCUUCAUCAUCGUGGAUAUCAAGGUUCCUCUGCUGGGGGCUGACUUCCUUGCCCAUCACGGACUUCUGGUAGAUGUGGGCCGCAAAAGCUUACUGGACACGGGGAUCUGCCGUUCUCGACCAAUCGCACCCAGACCAGGCAUACCUGUCUUAUGCUCCCUUGUGUCGCACAAGUAUAAUGUCCUCCAGCGAGAAUUUCCCGACGUCUUCAAACUGGAACUGUGUCACGUAGCCGGAACCCCAGCCAAACAUGGAAUCUACCACCACAUCUCCACUAUGGGACCUCCUACAUAUGCCAAGUUCUGCCGUCUGCCACCCAAGAGGCUCCAGGAUGCCAAACACGCAUUUGCCAACAUGGAACAGAUGGGAAUCUGCAGAAAGGUGUCAAAUCCAUGGACGUCUCCUCUCUACACAGUGAAAAAAUCUGAUGGUAACAGGAGGCCCUGUGGGGACUAUCGUCACCUGAACCUUGUGACAACGCCGGACCACUACCCUCUGCCAAACAUGAGGACCUUCAUGGGGCCAAGCUCUUCAAGAAGAUGGACUUACUCAAGUCCUACUUCCAAGUUCCUGUACACCCCAACGACAUUCCCAAAACAGCUAUCAUCACACCGUUCGGGACGUACACGUUCUCUUACCUCACUUUUGGCCUCAGGAAUGCCGGGGCUACCUUCCAACGUGUGA